CGUUUCUAUCGUAUUAUUACACAACGACGCCGGCGUACCUUCAUUAUUUUGCUGAUAACUAUCCUAAAAAGUGCUUCCGUUUCCUGACGGCUUGCCGUGUCGCCGCGUCUAUUUUGUAAAUAGUGUCUGGUGAAGCGAGUAGGAGGCACAUUACUACUAGUAGUAGUAGUACUAUAACAACUCCCACUGCUUGCACAUAAUGGAGCCUCUCUCUCUCUCUCUCUCUCCCCCUCUCUCUCGCCUCGCUCUCCCUUUCUUCCAUGGGGGGCUCACUAAUAAUAAGUGCAAGACGGCGCACUGUUCUCCCCCAAUGGCAGCUUUAAGUGAAAAGGCGUGCCUGCACCCCCCUCCUCCGGCUCCCCUCCUCUCCCAAACUACUCGAUGUAUAGUUAAAAAAUGGGAGGGCACAUUCGAAGCGAGCUGCUUCUAUGAAGGUAGGCUGCAGCGUGUGUUUAUUGAUGAGAUGAAAAGAAGAUGGAAGUGAGAAAUGAAACAAAGUGAAAGCGACACGUUUGACAUAUUCCAGCUUCAGACCUUGUUUUCGUCUUGGGUAGGGGGGGGAGAUCUACGCCACUUUUUUUUUCUCCCAAAGCAAAGGCUUCGAAGUGGAGGACCGUCCAUUUUUUUUGGGGCUUUAAGCUGGCGUGGAAAACUCUUCACACAUCUGUUGCAGCAUGUCGGAGAGCAACACAUGAUUUGGGAAGAGAGGACUGACAGCCUUGCCUAGCGCCCGGCCUCCGUUAAGCCAUCUCCUGACGCUUGACCCGCACUUUAUCACCAGCCACACUAGCAUCUCGGAAACACAGCGUCAUCUAACUGUCACAUCAGUUGCAAGGGGAUGACCGAGCGCAUUCAUAACAUCAAUCUCCACAACUUCAGCAAUUCUGUACUUGAGACCCUCAAUGAGCAGCGCAACCGUGGGCACUUCUGUGAUGUGACCGUCCGGAUCCAUGGAAGUAUGCUGCGAGCUCACCGCUGCGUGCUGGCCGCUGGAAGCCCCUUCUUUCAGGACAAGCUGCUUUUGGGCUACAGCGACAUUGAGAUCCCCUCUGUGGUCUCGGUGCAAUCCAUCCAAAAGUUGAUUGACUUUAUGUACAGCGGGAUUCUGCGAGUGUCUCAGUCGGAGGCCCUGCAGAUCUUAACUGCUGCCAGCAUCUUGCAGAUCAAGACCGUCAUCGAUGAGUGUACCCGAAUCGUGUCGCAGAAUGUGGGCCUGGCCGGCCCAGGAGGCUUCCCCGUUAUACCGGGAGACUCUGGUCAGGACACCCCUCGGGGCACGCCGGAGUCUGGCACCUCCGGGCCCAGCAGCGAUGCCGAGUCGGGCUGUAUGCAAGGCACAACCCAGCAGAACAUGGAUCGGCCGUACACGUCUCUCUACUCCUACACCGGCAUCUCCAACGGUACCCGCGACCGCCCCCAUUACAUCAACCCCAUGGCGACAAAUUACGACCCGAGUGUCGGCGCUCAGAAGGACCAGCAGUCGCAGGAUCCCCCCUGGAUGAACCGUAUCCAGGACAGAACCCAGCCGGUGGACCGCUUCAUCUCCACGGCCGAGUCCACCACUCACUGCCGCAAGCAACCCCGCCCGGUGCGCCUGCAAACAGGCGGGAUGCACAUCAAGCAGGAGGCCGACGACGAGUACAGCUGCUACAACAACACAGGCGACUGCCAGGAUGAGACCGAGCACGCUGAGAGCGAGUCCAAAGUGGAGAGUUUCGACUCAGGGGUCAGCUCCUCCAUCAGUACCGAGCCAGAUGCCAUGGAGCAGCAGCCCUACUUGAGUGGCUUUAACCGGGAGGGGCCGGGCGAAGGCCACCAAGGGAAUUUGGGUCCGGUGCAUAUUGAGGUUAACGACUCGUCCCCGGAGCAAGCGCAAGAGCCCGACGAGGGCCACGGCGGCCACAGCACUAGUGACAGUAGCAUGAUGCACCCACUGCCCAACCCCAUCAUGUCCCACUCCCUGUCCAGCACGCCGCAUUACCUGCGGCCGGUCGAGACGCACACCAGCAAUCUGAGGAUGCCGCACGCCAUGACCAGCAAUUCCCAAUUGAUCGGCGGCGUCGGGAGCACCUUCUUGCCCACACUCUUCCCCCCGCAGCCGGCCAGAGACAACAAGUCUUUCCUUUACCUUUCCGGCCAACAGCAGGGCCAGUUUGUAACGGUGCCCACCGCCAUGUCAUCGUUCCCCAACGCCAUGGCUGUUCCGCCAGGGUCCGCCCAGUCGCAGCAGUCCGCCGGAGCAAUGAGUCAGGGGGAGAAGAAGCCCUAUGCAUGCACCCUCUGCUGUAAAACCUUUACUGCAAAACAGAACUACGUCAAACACAUGUUUGUGCAUACCGGAGAGAAGCCCCACCAGUGCAGCAUCUGCUGGCGCUCGUUCUCCCUGAAGGAUUACUUAAUCAAACACAUGGUGACGCACACGGGGGUGCGGGCCUACCAGUGCAGCAUCUGCAACAAGCGCUUCACCCAGAAGAGCUCUCUCAACGUCCACAUGCGGCUGCACCGUGGCGAGAAGUCCUACGAGUGCCCUAUCUGCAAGAAGAAGUUCUCCCACAAAACCCUGCUGGAGCGCCACAUGGCCCUGCACAGCACGGGCAGCGCCAUCACGGGGCUGGCCGACGCCAUCACCGGGCUGGCCGGCGUCACCUGCCCCCCUUGCCCGGUCUCCAUUCCCAUCACUCUACCCAUGACCGUCCCCGAGCCCGGCGCCGGGGUAGUGGCCCUCGCUAUGCCCGUAAGCGGCGGUGCGGGAGAUGGGUCCGUGGUGGGGCCGGGAGUGGGCGUGGCCGCGGAGGCGAGCUGCCAAGAAGGGACCACCUACAUGUGUUCCGUCUGCCCCGUCAAGUUUGAGCAAAUGGAGCACUUCAACGACCACAUGCGAAUGCAUGUCUCUGACGGAUAAGUACAACAAGACACACUUCUCCAAAAGAAUGACAAACAAAAUGGCACUAGAUUUUCCUUUUCAUAUUUUGAGGUAUGAAGAGUAAUGAGUAUAGACACUGGCACAUUAAGUUUCCCAAAAAAAUAAAACAAUUCUUUUUUGUUAUUUUAAAUAAACAAAAAGAUGGUGGCCUUAAGGCUUAGUAGUUUGAUAUUGAUCUACUGGAUGGAUCCUAACUACAGGCCUCUAAAUGUAUGAUUUCCUAAAAAUACUGAUUUAUGUGUUGAACACUACCGAAAGGCCUACGAAAGAAACACAUACACACAAACACACUUUUAGUGUAGAGCUGUGUGAGCGCAUACACGUGUGCAUUGUGUGUGAAUCUGCAUGUGUCCCAGUGUGUGCGUGCGUGUGUGUAUGUGUGUGUGAGUGAGAGAUGCCAUUAAAAAUGGCACUUGUGAACCCAUACUGACCAGUUUGGAAACGAUAUAGAUGUCCAAACGUACUGUGGUAUAAUUUGCAACAACAAUAACAACAAAAAUCAUCUGGGGUGGGUCUUGCAUAUUCCCUCUAAAAUAGUGACCGCCGCACGAUUGCCUUCUAGAGACAAUUAAAAAAAAGGAGAGUAGUAAAUUUCUGACUGGGUUUUAUUUAUUCCUGUGGUAUUAAGGGAUUUUAACACAGCUGUUGAUGAGGUACAAAUUUCACUUCCUGAUUUGCUAUGUUUUGUAACAGUUGCAUUUUGGACGGUUUAGUUUACUAAAUUAGGUGGUUGUUGUUGUUGGUGAGACAUGCAAAAAAACAAAACAAAAAAACAAAUCUAAAGUGAUUAGCAAACACUGCCACUAAUCUCCUAAAAGACUGUUAAGGCUGCUCCAAUCACAAAAGACAAAUCUGUUUUUCUUUUUUGGAUAUUUUUUUCUUCUCCAGCCUGUUUCCAUUCACAGUUAGAGCAGCAACUAAACCCUCUCCAUUAUUUUUCUUCUGCUCCUCCACUUACAUCCGACUGUUAUGGGCUGUAGAAUUAAAAAAAAACAAAAAAAACAACAAUAUUUGUCUCUCCAACUAUUGUUGUUAUUGAUUAGUCUACAUGGUUUCUUGUUUUCUGCUUCAAUUAUGGAUUUGGGGCUUUAGGCUGGCUGUUGAUUAGAACAGUGUUAUAAAGAGGGAGAAAUUCAAUUUGUUUUGAAAAUAAUUGCCAUCACGAAUGCAGACUAGAACCUGUUUGGGACUUUUUUUUAGUGAUGGGAGCUAAAUGCAAUCGCUCUCAGCCUGCAACAUUAUGAAAGGAAACAUCAGAGUAGCACCAGUAGCUC